CGACCCCACGCCGGGGCGCGUGCGCCAUACCCAGCAGUCCUUGCGCGGCCCCGCAGAGCGGACACCCCGGACUCCAAGAUGGCGUCAAUCGUGCCAUUGAAGGAGAAGAGACUGAUGGAAGUCAAAUUAGGGGAGCUGCCAAGCUGGAUAAUGAUGCGGGAUUUCACCCCUAAAGGCAUUGCUGGAGCAUUUCAAAGAGGUUACUACAGGUAUUACAACAAGUACAUCAAUGUGAAGAAAGGGGGCGUUGCUGGAAUUUCUAUGGUGCUGGCAGCGUAUGUGCUUUUCAACUACUGCCGUUCUUAUCAUGAACUAAAACAUGAGCGACGACGCAAGUACCACUGAAGAGGGCCCAGUGUGGACUGCACAUUCCUGACCAUGACCUUUGCCCAGCACCUCUGAAUCUUUUCAUGUUGUAAUGUAACACCUAAUAAAGGGUGGCUGGUA